GAAGCCUUUCCGGCACCGAAAAUGGCUGCAUUCAUGGUCACCCGUAGUGCCUUGCUUUCUUGGAUGCGCAAGGGAAAAGUCGCAGGAAAAGAUUGUGUUCUUGUUGACGUCCGUAGAACAGACUUCGAGGGAGGGACCAUUCAUGGAUCGAUCAAUUUACCUGCUCAAUCUCUGCAUCCAACAAUUCCUUCUCUCUACACUCUCUUCUCUGCUGCCGGAAUCACCACAGUCAUUUGGUAUUGUGGAAAUUCACGCGGUCGUGGCCCCCGAAGUGUUGCAUGGUUUGCAGAUUACAUUCAGGACCAAAAGGACACUACAAAGGACGUAGAGAUGAUGGACGGCUAUAAUGCUGAUGCAUGGGGGUUUGACUCAGACUGA